AUGGCUGAAGGAAACUUCACCAAGGUUGGGGAGGAGAAGGAAGGCAGUCGGUCUCAGAGUGAAGCGAACAGGAAGUUGAAGUACAUCUCUCUGGCAGUACUGGUGGUGCAGAACGCCUCUCUGAUUCUGUCCAUUCGCUUUGUACGAACUAUCCCUGGAGACCGCUUCUAUGCCACCUCCGCUGUGGUCAUGGCCGAGGUGCUGAAGGUGCUCACAUGCCUGCUCAUAAUUCUGCUGCAGAAGAGAAUGAACGUAAAGCAGACAGCCCUGUUCUUGUUUGACUCCAUCGUGGUGCAGUACAAGGACACUCUGAAGCUGGCGGUGCCGUCGCUCAUCUACACUCUUCAGAACAACCUGCAGUACAUCGCCAUCUCCAACCUCCCAGCAGCCACCUUCCAGGUGACGUACCAGUUGAAGAUCCUCACCACAGCUCUGUUCUCGGUGCUGAUGCUGAGGAAGUCCUUGUCGCGGGUUCAGUGGGUCUCGCUGCUGCUGCUCUUCACUGGAGUCGCCGUUGUUCAGGUACAGCAGGAGGGGAAGAAGGAGUCCUCCGUGUCAGACAGCUCCUCUCAGAACUAUGUGGUGGGGCUGGUUGCAGUGGUGAUCAGCUGCCUCUCCUCUGGUUUUGCUGGAGUUUAUUUUGAAAAGAUUCUGAAGGGCAGCUCAGCAUCUGUGUGGUUGCGAAACGUCCAGCUCGGAGUAUUCGGCACAGCCCUGGGACUGCUGGGAAUGUGGUGGAACGAUGGAACUGGAAUCGCAAACAACGGCUUUUUCUUUGGCUACACCUCCAUGGUCUGGUGUGUGAUCUUCAACCAAGCAUUCGGGGGCCUCCUGGUGGCCAUGGUGGUGAAGUACGCUGACAACAUCCUCAAAGGGUUUGCCACCUCCUUCUCCAUCAUCGUGUCCACUGUGGCGUCCAUUUACCUGUUCGGCUUCCACGUGGAUCUGAUGUUUACGGCGGGGGCAGGGAUGGUUAUCGGAGCCGUCUACAUGUACAGUUUGCCCAAAGCUCCCAGCAUACUCGCCGGCAUAGGGACAGGGGCUGUAAUGGAAAGUGAUGAUAAUAGGAAUGUGGGAAUGUCCAAAAAUGGAGGAAGCUUGACGACAGAAGAGAACGGUGAAAUGGACUCGUUUCUCCCAAAUGUCAGUGGGAAGCAGAAAGGAUCAUGA